UGCGCGUGGACAUUCCUGUCGUGUCUUCAGCAACUUCAGCCGGCAGACACCGGCGGCGAGUGUCGCCGCUGGACGACGUGAGCUGGCUUUGAGGCAUUUCUCCCAGUCAGACCAGUAAGACUCGAGGGGAUGUGGAGCGUCCUUCCUCCCGCCAGACCUCACUGAAACUUUUGUCGGUAAACAGCGCGGUGAGGAGGAGAGGUGGGAGCGGGACCCGCAGCCUGUGUGUCGGUCACCGGAGACGAUGGGAGACUUUCACUAGAUCUACUACGGCACGGAAACACCAUGGCUGUGGACGCGGCAUCAAGUUUCAGUUUCUGCAGGCCAGCUGUGGAGUACAGGGCCCUGCCCGAGGACUUCAAGCACCAGCUGAGUCGACGGACAGGUGGGAACCUAACCUGGCAUGACGGGCGUGGACAGAAAACCGCAGGAGGCAGGACAGUGAAGCUGCUGCAGCAGCCGGGCACGGAGGCCCUGCAGUAUCGUUCCAGUGACAAUUAUGGGAUAUAUCACACAAGCCCAACGCAGCCCAGUCUGAUCCGCCCGGUCGUGCUCUGGUCACAACAAGAUGUUUGUAAAUGGCUGAAGAAGCACUGUCCACACAACUACCUAACCUACGUAGAGGCGUUCUCCCACCACGCCAUCACAGGCCGUGCAUUGUUGCGUCUCAAUGGGGAGAAGCUGGAGAGGAUGGGACUCGUGCAGGAAACGCUUCGGCAAGAGUUGCUGCAGCAGGUGCUGCAGCUUCAGGUGCAGGAGGAGGGACGCAACCUGCAGCUGCUCAGCAGAGCGACUGCCAUCAGACAGUUAUCGCAGCUUCGACUUACAGACUGGAAAUGGAAGGAAACAGCUAGCCUGGCUCUGUCCGAAGGUUCCUUUGGAAAGAUAUCAUAGCCAGUUUGCUGGAAGAAGUUGGAUGCUGUGGAAUCAUGGGAUAAUUGCUCAAAUACACUCAAAUGUGAAUCAGAUCUGUGGGAUAAUUGCAUCCAGCCAGCAGCAAUAUACAGAAUAACGUUGUGAAGUGGAAGUUGGCAGCUUUUGGUUCCCUCACUGCACGACGAACAGACAUAAUCCCUACGGACUCUGAACUGUGAUGAAGAAGCUUCAUGACAAUCUGUCAAUUUAUUACUCUAUUCUGUGAUUAAUUAUUAACUGUUUCUCUCUCGCUGUCUCUACCUCUUUCUCUCUCUUUCUCUCUAUUAAACUUUUUUUAAUGUCAGAAAAUAGAACAAAUAAAUAAAAAUAUCAAAACAU